CAGGCACACAUGUAUGAGCAUGCUAUGGGCAUGCUCAUACACGUGCACAUGGGGAAGUACACACUAACAUGCAUUGCACGUGUAUAUGCAUUUGCACAUUGAGGCGCACACAGGUGAACCCACACAAGCACUUAAAAAUAUAUAAGCACAUGUGUGCAUGAAGAUAAGUGCAUGAAAGCGUAUUUACACAUGCAUACACUAUAUACAUGUGCACACAUACAUAAGCAUGCACUCAUAAACACGUGAAGACUCAUGUAAGAGCACAUGCACCCACAAAGGCACCAACACACAGGCACGUGUGUACACACAGGUAUACAUGCACAAAUGUGUCAAGUCAUUGUUUACUUGGUGCCAGUAAAGAACAGACACAUACACCCAGACACACAAAGCAGACAUGCAUGCCCACUGGCGUCCUUUCGGAGGAACUGCCUGGGGCAGAUCCAGAGCAAGUAUGGGGCAAAUGUAAUGCCCACCUUGACUCCCUGCAGAAAACAAUGCUUGGUCCAGAGUCACCCAGCUCUUCUCAACCACUGCCUGCUGUGAGACCCUUUGAGCCUCUAAUUCCUCAUCAGUAAAAUGGGGCUGAUGAUAGAGGCACCCACGCCCAGGACUAGUGUGAGCUUCCAAGAUAAGGAGAGUGCUGAGCCCAGUGCCAGGACGGUGGCAGGUGCUCCAUGCAUGCUUCUCCUGAUGCACCCUCUUGCUGCCAGCUCCACUCUUACCGCCCCCACCCCCAGGGCUCCCGGGCCUAUCCUCCGCUGUCUCAGCCCUGACCCUACCAAACCUGUCUCCCUUGGGCAGAGGCAAGACUAUCUCCAAGGCCUCUCCUGGAAGGUGGGGGUUGGGGCACAGCCAGGGUGCAGAGUCAGCGGUUGAGGGAUUGGGGCCAUGCCAGCCCGAUUAGAAGGGUUGUGGGGGCUGAGCUGGCUUCACCUGUCCUUGUCUCUGAUUGGCUUUUGGGCACCUCCUCCAGCCCCCAAAUCCCACUAAGCAGCCCCACCAGGGCCUACACAGGUCUGCGGAGAGCCAGUUGGUUGCAGGUCCUCCUGGGGCCAGAAGGGGAAAGGCCAGGCUCUUGGGAUCCCCUCCAUCCAGAAGAGCCACCUGCCCACAGUGUCCCUUUAACUACUGCUGGGACCAUGGGGGCUGGGGCCAGUGCUGAGGAGAAGCACUCCAGAGAGCUAGAAAAGAAGCUGAAAGAGGAUGCUGAGAAGGAUGCUCGAACCGUGAAACUGCUGCUUCUGGGUGCCGGUGAGUCCGGAAAGAGCACCAUCGUCAAGCAGAUGAAGAUUAUCCACCAGGACGGGUACUCGCUGGAAGAGUGCCUGGAGUUCAUAGCCAUCAUCUAUGGCAACACGUUGCAGUCCAUCCUGGCCAUCGUGCGCGCCAUGACCACGCUCAACAUCCAGUACGGAGACUCUGCGCGCCAGGACGACGCCCGGAAGCUGAUGCACAUGGCAGACACUAUAGAGGAGGGCACGAUGCCCAAGGAGAUGUCGGACAUCAUCCAGCGGCUGUGGAAGGACUCGGGUAUCCAGGCCUGUUUCGAUCGCGCCUCGGAGUACCAGCUCAACGACUCCGCGGGCUACUACCUCUCCGACCUGGAGCGCCUGGUCACCCCGGGCUACGUGCCCACCGAGCAGGACGUGCUGCGCUCCCGUGUCAAGACCACCGGCAUCAUCGAGACGCAGUUCUCCUUCAAGGACCUCAACUUCCGCAUGUUCGACGUGGGCGGGCAGCGCUCCGAGCGCAAGAAGUGGAUCCACUGCUUCGAGGGCGUGACCUGCAUUAUCUUCAUCGCGGCGCUGAGCGCCUACGACAUGGUGCUGGUGGAGGACGACGAAGUGAACCGCAUGCACGAGAGCCUGCACCUGUUCAACAGCAUCUGCAACCACCGCUACUUCGCCACCACGUCCAUCGUGCUCUUCCUCAACAAGAAGGAUGUUUUCUCCGAAAAGAUAAAAAAGGCUCACCUCAGCAUCUGCUUCCCGGACUACGACGGGCCCAACACCUACGAGGACGCCGGCAACUACAUCAAGGUGCAGUUCCUUGAGCUCAACAUGCGACGCGACGUGAAGGAGAUUUAUUCCCACAUGACGUGCGCCACAGACACGCAGAACGUCAAAUUUGUCUUCGACGCUGUCACUGAUAUCAUCAUCAAGGAGAACCUCAAAGACUGCGGCCUCUUCUGAGGUGCCUGAAAUCAUGCGUGUCCCUUGCCCUGAGACCCUGUAGUCCUAGCUGCCUUGUAGUCUCAGCCCCCAGCACCCUAUCAGCCCCCCAGGCCUCCUGAGCCCCAGCCUGCCGCCUCACCAGCCACAGACCCAAAGCCCUGAGUCCUGCUAGUCUUGAGGCGCAGACCCUCUGCCAUAGCAUACCCCCAUGCCCUCAACCCCAGCCCUGCCCUUCACUGCCUGGCCGCACUGGCCUCAGGACUCACAGCAGCCAGCCCCAGCUAGGAACAGGCAGGACCUGGGGCAGCUCACAGUGACUCAGCAGUGCCCCAAUGACCAAUCUCUUGCAGCUCUCUUGGCCAUGGGGCCCCACGGCUCACCUGGUGGGUCUGGGCUCAGCAAACAGCCCUCCCUCCCAGAGUUCCCUACGGGGCAGAGGGUGUCCCUCCUGGGAGCAGGCCUCAUGCUUACCAGCAGCCCAGCCCAGCCCAGCCCAGCCACCUCCAUGUGGCAAGUCUGACACCUGUCUAUGCACUGGCCAGUGACUGUUCCUCCCAACAGCUUCAGGGGUCCAAAGUCCAUGACAGCUCUGGCCUGUGCAGUCCCCACAUAGAUAAAUUAGUAGUAGGGGGCAGAUCUAGGCACCCCUGGGGGCCAGGGAGAGACAUAAACAAGACCCUUCCCCAAAUACCAGGCUCGGAGUAACCCCCAGCUCCUUCUCUAGCGGGAUCUGCCCCCUCUGUCCUUGGAUACCUGAUCCAUGCCCCACCUCCCCCACCCACACACAGUACUCUGGGCUGGCUGGCCAAGGGGACAGUGUGUUGAGGGAGGGUACUGUUGACACCAGCUAUAACCAAUAGCCGAGCUGUUCUGUGGGGUGACUGGGGGCAGAGUCCACCUCCCAUCGAUCUGCCCUGGGCAGAAUAUUCAGGACAGGAUGGAGGCCCAGGCUGUGCCCAAAAGAGUCUACCUCAGGUGGGGUCACAAGCUAACCCAGGUGACCCUCCUGUCCCUGCCAGCAGCUUCUCUUACCCUCUCCAUUCAGGGCCCUUUCCCUGGAGGGGAAACUGAGGGCCUUGCCUGAGCCAUUAGUGAUGAAGGCCCAUUUCCCCCUCAUCCCUGCUCCCACCUUCCUCAUCAACCACUGAGUCUUUGCUUAUGCCCAGGGGCCAGGGCCUGUGCUGCAGUCGGGGACAAGGAGCUUCUGUCCGCAAGGCCAGGGCACAAUUCUCGCUCCCUUCAGCUAGAUGCGCAGACUCAGCAAUAAACCUUUGCAUCAGGC